CAGUUGUCGCAGUAAUUAAUUAAGAGCUGAAGAUGGAUGCAGAUUUGAGCUUAAAUUUCAUUGAUCAUAUGGAGACAAAGGAGAGCUUUCCUGAAAGGCAAAAAGUUCAUUCUCCGGACAAAAAGAAAAUAUUUGUUAUGGAAGAAGUGAAAAAUGACAUGAAUGGUAAUCCAGAUGUGAUAAAGAACAAAGAAGAUACAAAAGCUGUGAAAGAUGAAUCUGAACUUUUGCUGGAAGAGCUUCGUCGUUCAGAGAGUACCAUAGGGAAGGAGAAUAAAGUCCAUAUGUCCCAGUCCCUGGAAGAUUCGGGAUUUGAGGAGAAGGAAAGCAGGCAGGAAGUGGAACCAAACAGCUGGAAGAGCUGUGAGGAUAGAAAUGAUACAAGGUCAUCAGAACACAGGGAGACUGCCAAGAAAUCAAGCUCCAUGUACGAAUUCACAAGUGCCUCAUCCAUGUUCCUGUCUUACGAAAAAGUCAACAAAGGUGCUGAAACUUCAACCAAAGAGAAGAAAGAUGCUGUAGUGUCUGAACCCAAUGAACUUGUUCAGUCCCCUCUGUCUUUGCAAUCAGAAAUGAUCAAGCAAAGUCUUCAGAAGAAUCAAUUUAGCUCGCCUGUUCAAAAGCAAUCAUCUCCAGACCCUGAUGAUUCCAGUGUUUCCAUUGAGGAAGAUGAAGAAAAGGUCAUCAUUCAUUUAGAUUCUAAGCUGAAUGAGUCGGUCAGUAGUAAUUCUGAGGUUCCUCUACUGAGUCCAGUGGAAGUAGAGAGAAAGUUCAAGGUCACUGCAGAUACCAAGAUCAGACUGGUGGAAAUCGGUGCUGAACUCCACAAGGAGAAAGUCUUUCUUGAUAGAUACUAUGACAAUCCUGAUUAUGCUCUCACUCUGAAGGACUGUUGGUUAAGACAAAGAAAUGGAUGUUGGGAAAUAAAGGUUGUGAAUGGGCCCCUUACAAAAUUUUCUACACAGUAUCAAGAAAUUACAAACUGUAAUGAAAUAGUCGACUUUCUAGUCAAUCAUUUCCGUAGAGAAGACCUCAGUGGUGCACCGAUUGACCAAGUGAUACAAAAGCUAGGCUUAGUACAAUUUGUGGAGUUCACAACAACCAGACAAACCUACUUCCUCCCAGAAUGCACCAUUGACCUAGAUCUGACAGGAUUUGGAUACCAGGUUGGAGAGAUAGAGGUUAUGGCAUCAGACAAAUCACAGAUUCCAAGAGCCUUAGACACCAUCACCUCAGUGGCCAAAAAAUUAGGGUUUGAAACUUUUCAGAUGUAGAGGGAGUUUUCGAAAAAUAUGUCGCACCCAGAAGUUAAACAGGUCUAAGUGAAGAUGCAGUCUGUGCAGGGAAAGUGUCACAGUUCUUGUAUGAAAAGAAUCGCCAUUUAUAUGAACUACUUGUAGAAAGAGGUGCAUUGACGCCUAUUAGCUAGCUGUUGUAGACAAAAUAAGCUAAUACAUGUAUUGAUGCCUAUAAGCUAGCUGUUGUAGACAUUAUUAUAAGCUCAUGCUAGUAUAACAUUUAUCUAGCUACUGUUUGCCUGCUUUCAUAUACAUUAUGUUGUAGCUUAAUAGUUGUAACAUUAUAGGUUUGAAUUCUUUUUAAAUUAAUUAGGAUUAAGUAUAUAGUGUUCAAGCACUGUAAAUAUCUGAUUUUUAGCUCACCUGAGCCUUGCUCAAGUGAGCUCUUCUGAUCAAAAUUUGUCUGUUGUCUGUCGUUGUCGUCUUUGUUGUGGUAAACUUUUUACAUUUUUAUCUUGUUCUCAAGAACCACUGAGCCAUUUCACCCAAACUUGCUGCAAAGUAUCUUUAGGUGAAGGGGAUUCAAGUUUGUUCAAAUGAAGGGCCACGCCCUCUUCCAAGGGGAGACUAGUUAUGAAUUAGUGAAAAAUUAAUGGCAUUUUUAAAAAAUCUUCUUCUCAAGAACCAAGGGGAGAGGAAAUAUUAAACUCAUGAUGAAUCAUCCUCAGAUAGUGUACGUUCAAGUUUGUUCAAAUCAUGGCCCCCAGAGGUAGUAUGGGGCCACAAUGGCCGAUCAAAGUUUUACAUAGGAAUAUAUAGGAAAAAUCUUCUUCUCAAGAUCCAUAGGGACAGGAAAGAUGAAACUCAUGCUGAAUCAUCCUCAGGUAGUGUACAUUCAAGUUUGUUCAAAUCAUGACCCCCGGGGGUAGGGUGGGGCCACAUUAAUGGCUGAUCAAACUUUACGUAGGAAUAUAUAGGAAAAAAUCUUUAAAAAUCUUCUUUUCAAAAAACCAUUGGGACAUAAAGAUGAAACUCAAGUUGAAUCAUUCUCAGGUAGUGUACAUUCCAGUUUGUUCAAAUCAUUGCCCCCGGGUGUAAGGUGGGGCCACAAUGGCCGAUCAAAUUUUUACAUAGGAAUAUAUAGGAAAAAUCUUUAAAAAUCUUCAAAAAUCUUCUUCUCAAGAACCAUUGGAACAGGAAAGAUGAAACUCUUGUUGAAUCAUCCUCAAAUAUUGUACAUUCAAGUUUGUUCAAAUCAUGACCCCGUGGGUAGGGUUGGGCCACAAUGACCAAUCAAAUUUUUACAUAGGAAUAUAUAGGAAUUUUUUUUAAAAAUCUUCUCAAGAACCAUUGGGCCAGGAAAGAUGAAACUCAUGUUGCAUCAUCCUCAAAUAGAGUACAUUCAAGUUUGUUCAAUCAUGGCCCCCGGGGGUAGGGUUGGACCACAAUGGCCGAUCAAAGUUUUACAUAGAAAUAUAUAUGGAAAUUUUU